AUGCAUCGACACGCAUCAGUGCUUCCCUUGGCCCUGGCCAUCUUUGGAACCGCUCAAGCUGGCUUCAAUCCCAGCACGCCGGACAAUAUAGCCGCUUAUUGGGGACAAAACUCGAUUGGCCGGCCGACGGGACAGCCAGGGGCACAAGAGGGCCUUGGUUAUUACUGCAAAAAUGUCAACGUCGAUAUCAUUCCUCUUGCUUUUCUCAAUAUCAUCGUCAACCCCACCAACAUCAACUUUGCGAAUGUGGGAGACCGAUGCUCCAAGUUUCCGGGCACGAACCUUCUCAAGUGUCCCGAGGUAGAAGCCGACAUCAACACAUGCCACUCCCUCAACAAAACCAUCUUGCUAUCCGUCGGCGGCGCAACAUACUCCGAGGGCGGCUUCCCCACUGUAGAAGCAGCCAACAAAGCCGCCGACAACCUGUGGGCCAUGUUUGGCCCUCCUCCUGCCACCAGCACGAACGACGCCGCGUCGGUCAACCGCCCAUUUGGCACGGCGUACAUUGACGGGUUCGACCUCGACUUUGAGACGCACGGCAUCAACAACCUGGCCGCCUUCGCCCGCCGCCUGCGCCAGGUCAUGGACACGGCCACCAGGCCAGCCGCGGUCCUCCCCAGCAACGACAACUCGUACCCGAUGGCUCCUCCCCCGACGACCAAUGACAACUCGUACCCGAUGACCCCGUCACCCAACGAGGCGACCAAGAAAUUCUACCUCGCGGCCGCCCCGCAGUGCGUGUUUCCCGACGCGGCCAUGGACGUCGCCCUGUCGAGCGACGUGGCCUUUGACUUUAUCAUGGUGCAGUUCUACAACAACUACUGCGGGCUGCAGAACUUCCAGCCGGGCGCCGCGCAGCAAAACGCCUUCAACUUUGAGCGCUGGGACCAGUGGGCGCGUGAAAAGGGCCGCUCGACAAAGGUGCUGCUGGGCGUCCCCGGCUCCCCCACCGCCUCGGGCAGCGGCUACACGGCAUCGGGCCCGCUGGACGCCAUCAUCAAGUACAGCAGGCGCUUCCCGAGCUUCGGCGGCGUCAUGAUCUGGGACGCGUCGCAGGUCUGGUCCAACAAUGGGUUCCUGGAUGGCGUGGUCAGGAGCCUGGGCGGAGCGGCCACCGAUGCCACCGACGCCAGCGAGCCGCAGGCGCCGCCGCAGGCAGGCAGGCCCAUCCAGAAGACCAGGGCCGUCAGGGUGCCCAGGUUUGGAAGGUGUGGUGGGCGGUUGUACACGGGCCCGACUGAGUGCGAGGAGGGGUUCAAGUGCGUCUAUGGCGGAGCCUUGUGGUCGGUAUGCGCGUGA